CAAGAGCGAGGCAGCCAAGACUCAGAAGCUAAAAUAAGAGCAGCAGCCGAGACGGAGCGGCGAUGGAAAAACCAACAGAGUGAGACGCACAGAACACAAAACUAAAAAUAAAAACAGCGAAGAAGAGCGACGGGGGGUCUCGCCGGCACCGGACUCAGCUGACACCGGCCUGAAAGCAGCACCACGCUCCACCGCUCCACGAUGGACUACGAACCCAAGAAACCCAAGAAGGGGUUCGUGUCUCCCAUCAAGCGGCUGGUCUGGUCCAAGUCGGCUCGCAGGCCGGCGGAUCGCGGCAGCGUGUACCGGCGGCCGCUGCACACGGUGCCGCUCUACCCCCCCGACUACCUGAUCCACCCCGAGAGACUCAUUUUCGACUACGUGGAGAAGGAGGUCAAGUUCCUGGGUCACCUGACUUGGGUGUCGGUGUCACUGAACCCUUCCAGCCGAGACGAGCUGCUUCAGCUAUUGGACACUGCCAGGCAGCUCAGGGUGCUCCCUCUGAGCUCCAGCCUGGAUCAGGACUGCAUCCUGAGUCUGUCUGCUCGCUGCCUGCUGCUCACCUGGAGGGACAACGAGAAGCUGCUGCUGAGGAUCCCCACGCACGAGCUCGCCGCCGCCUCCUACCUGCGGGACGACGCGCUGCACCUGCUGGUGCUCAAGACAGGUCUGAACGUGGACACGGUGGUUGCCGGGGGCGACAGCCUGGAGAGGAAGAAACCGACGGGCAUCGACAGCCGGCGGCAGACGGUGAGCUGCAGCGGCGACCCGCGGCCUGCGGGGGGCACCAUGGAGCGCCGGCACACCAUCUGCGGCGUCGACUGGAGGCCGUCGCUGUCCAGGAGCAGCCAUGACAAAAACAAGAACCUGGAGAGAGAGGGAGCAGAGAGAGGAGGAGGAGGAGGAGGAGAGCGAGGUGGAGGAGGGAGUUUAGAGAGGAAGAGGGUGGGAGGGAGCUGGGAGAGGAGGCAGCAGGGCUGCAAGCCGGGGGGGAGCUGGGAGAACCGCCGGGGGAGGCCGAUGAGCGGGAGCUGGGGGGUGGGAGGAGGAGGCAGCUGGGAGAAGCGGUGCAGAGGAGGCGGAGGCAGCUGGGAGAGGAGGCACGGGGCAGGAGGAGCGGGAGCAGGAGGAGGGAAGGUGGGAGGAGGCAGCUGGGAGAAGAGAGGGGCGGGAGGAGCAGGGGGUGGGGGAGGAGGGGGAGGAGGAGGCGCAGGGAGCUGGGAGCGGCGGCAGGCCUGCACGGGCAGCUGGGAGAGGGGGCGGAGCUACGGGAGCUGGGAGAGGAGGAACCACAACCCGCUGGAGCCGACGCCCUGCCCCGACGCCUACUGCAACCUGGUGAUCCUGUCUGUGGAGAGCAGGGACGCUGCGGAGGAAUACUGUUCUCUCAUCUGCCAGAUGUUCCAGAUCAUCUACGGUCACCAGACCAUCGAGUGUGUGGACAGAGCCGGGUUUCACUACACCAUGCCCGACCGCUACUGGCUGCAGAGGAGUGACAGCUGUCUGACGGACAUGUCUUACAGCUACGACGCUGAGUUCAGCUGCUGCAGCUCCUAUGACGGCUCUCAGGAAGCCUUCGAGCUCUACUACAGCGAGACGUACAGCGAGAGUUCGUCUCUGUCUCUGCAGGACUCCCAUCGCAGUCUGACGUCCGCCAGCGACGCCGGAGACAGCAGCCCCGCUUUGCUGCUGAUGCAGGAGUACAUGAGCACUCUGCGCAGUAAGCUGAGUCCGGCCGAGCUGCAGGAGUUCGCCGUGCUGCUCAGAGAAUACAGACUGGGAUCCAACAUCGACCACUUCUGCUCCGAACUGCUGCAGCUGUAUGGAGACAGCCGCAAGUUCCUGCUGCUGGGCAUGCGUCCGUUCAUCCCAGACAAGGACGUCGGGGUGUUUGAGGGUUUUCUGGAGGGCAUCGGGAUCCGGGAGGGCGGGAUCUUAACCGACAGCUUCGGACGCAUCAAACGCAGCAUGAGCAGCACGUCGGCCACCGCCAUGCGAGGGUACGACAGCUGCCCAAUGGCCUCGGGGUCUCAGGAAUUCAACCGGCGCAUCAGCGACAUCACGCACGACAUCCAGGCGCUCGGUUUCCAGGACACACACGGAGACAUCGAGGAGGAGGACUACUACCUGUGACCGAGCCCGAGACAGGGGGGACUCCGACUGCCCGAGUGCUCCUGAGCAAGGGGGAUCCAGCAGCUGGACUUCAGAUUGUAGCUGAUUUGUGCUUUCUCAUGACCAACACUGUAUCCAUAUCUGGAGAAAUAAAUUAUACGCGUAUAUUCAUUUGUGUGAAUGGGAACGCUGAGCUUCAUGAGGGUGCACGAGAUAAUCCUGGGCUUUUAAAGUGCAGAUUAUAUUCUCUGAAGAAAACAAAGGAUCUGCUGUUUGAAAAUGGUGCGAUGGAAGAGGAGCAAAAAAAGAAAAAAAAAUCCACAAGAUUUGGCUUCUGGCUAAAGUCCCUCACCACACCUGACAACACUACUUUUUUUUUUUUUUUUAAGAUAGUUACAUAAGGAAAGGUUUCUGUGCUCUCCACUUUUAAAUACUCCUCCUCCCCCGCUAGCUAAUGGAAAAUAAUGGACUGCAACAGGUGAAUGAAAUAAGACAAAUAUUAAUUCUAAUUUUAAUUGAGACUUUGGACAAAAAAAAAAAAAAAACAAUGAAAAUGUGUCAUUUCUGUAAGUAAUAUCUCACAGUCACCACUUGGGGGCGACUGAGGAUAAAAGAGAGUUGAUGUGGACUGAAAAAGGAAGGGAAAGAAACCGUGAUAGGGAGAAAGAGAGGGAGAUAAUGAGAUCUGUUUCUCUCUCUCUGUCCCUGCUGCAGUGACCUGAUCCCGAUGGCAUCGUGCAUGACCUUCCCAUGAUGCAUUGCCUCUUUGCCCACUAGUCUUCUGCCAGCCUCGCUGAACAUCAGAGAGAGUUAGGUCACAGCGAGCAUCACCCGAAUCACAUCAGUCUCCUCACUCGUUAUGUAAUUUAGCAAUGCAGUGUGUGUGCGUG